UCCAUCGCUUGGUCGCUUGCUUGCUUGGUUGUUGUUGUCACACACGCACACACAUCCUCGCUUCCCCUCUCUCUUCACCACCUCUCUCUUCACCACCCAGCAAGAUGAAUACAACGAGCACGCUGGCCACGACAACCACGUUCACGACCACGUCCACGUCGACGACUGUGCCGACGGAUCCUUGCAUUGAUGCUGGUGACACGGCAUGGGUGCUGACGGCCACGCUGCUGAUCCUUGGCAUGAUACCGGGCCUUGCACUGUUUGAGGCCGGCCUACUCAGGUCGAAGAACACGGUGUCUGUGUUGACGCAGGUGCUGUGCGGGUGCUCCAUCAUGGGGGUGAUGUGGUACCUGUUUGGGUUCUCAUUUGUGUUUGGCGAGAGCUUGGGAGGCUUCAUCGGGUCGCCGGCGUCCUAUCCGGCGCUGGUGAGCGUGCCGGACAACGGCUGCUUCCCCGGCAUGCGCAUCCCGGGCUUGGCGUACGCCACCUUCCAGAUGAUGUUUGCCUCCAUCACGCCGCUGCUCAUGACGGGCGCCUUUGCGGAGCGGCUGCUGUUUGCACCUUACGUGCUCUUCAUCGUUGCCUGGGAGAUUAUCGUGUACUACCCUGUUGCCCACUGGAUUUGGGGUUCUGGCUGGCUCACACAGUACGGCGUGCUGGACUAUGCUGGCGGUAUUGUCAUCCACACCUCUGCAGGCGCCUCCGCGCUCGUCUCCGCCAUCCUCGUGCACCCGCGCAUCGGCUUCAUGGGGGCCCACGGCCACUUCAAGCCGUCAAACCUCCCCAUCGCCUGCGUGGGCGGGUUCUGCCUGUGGAUGGGCUGGUUCGGCUUCAAUGCCGGCAGCAGCCUCACCUCGGGCUACAUCACAGCCACCGUCCUCGCAAACACGCAGAUUGCCUCCACCUCCUGUGCGUGUGUCUGGCUGCUCCUCUCCUGGUACCGCGGCCGUCCCAACGUUGAGGAGAUCUUGAAUGGCGCAAUCGCUGGGCUUGCAGGCGUCACACCUGCAGCAGGGUUCAUCUCAACGGGGUCUGCCAUGGUACUCGGGCUUACGCUUGGGUUUGCGUCGUUCUUCUCCAUCGACAUCAUCAAGUACCGCUUCCACAUUGACGACGCCCUCGACGUGAGCUCCGUGCACGGUGUGCCCGGUGUCGUGGGUGCCCUGGCCAUUGGCAUUGCAGCCCACCCCGCCGCCAACCCGCUCGUUGCCCAGCGCGGCAUCAUCUACGGGGGGUCAGGCAAACUGCUGUUCUACCAGGCCGCCGCCAUCGUCAUUGUCGCCGUGUGGGGCGCCGUGUGGACGUACGUGAUCCUCAAGACAAUCCACUACUUCAUGCCGCUGUCGACGCAUCACAUGUCAGACAAGGACGACCGGGACCGCAUUGGGCUUGACGAGCUAGAACACGACUGCGCCGCGUACGGCGUGCACUCGCACCACUGGGUGCCCGUGGACGAUGGAGAUGACGAUUACGACGACUACGAUGACUAUGAUGAGGAGGAGCCCCUCUUUGUGCAGGGCAGCGGCAAUGUUGCCGUCAACGCUGCCGACGCCUUCAAUGCGAGCCAUCGCCUCCAAGACGAUGUCAGACGCGAGCAGCAGCAGACGGGCGGCGGAGACAAUCUGGAAGAGAGCCGUGGUGGUGAGCGGUCGUAUGAGUAUUGGCGGCGGCUGCGUGGGCCCUGGCAGGAUUCCAUGCGCAGCACGCUGCUCACCAGUGAUGACGACGCCACGACAACGACAACGACGACAGCAGCUGCUGCUGGGUUGAGUAUCAACACGCCGACCAGCGCACACGCACCAGUGAGGACAUAUGGCACCGCGACAACAGGUCCAGCACCGUCAGCGCCCGCACGUGGUGCGGCGAGUGCACGUGCGAGCGGGAGUCCGCGUCGGCCGCCGCGACGAACGCGAUCGCGACGGGCGCCGGCGCGCACCCGGUUGAAACGGUCGCUCACCAUCGCCGCCGUCCCCGAUGGCGGCAGUGCCCAGUGACACGCGCGUGUUUGUGCGAUUGCACUUACCUGUGUAUGUGUGUGCGUGCGAUUGCAUGCGCUUGUCUGUGCUUGUCUGGUUGCUCUUGUGUGCGGAUGCGACCUUGUGUGUGUGUGUGUGUGUGUGUGUGUGUGUGUGUGUGUGUGUGUGUGUGUGUGUGUGUGUGCAUGUGUAAUUGGCUUUGAAACAAGAUGAAGAUGAUGCAUUGAUUGUCUGCUGUGCGUGAUGAUGUGUUGGCUAGUUCGUUUCUAUUCCCUUCCCCGCCUCCCCCCUCCCUCUCUCUCUCUCUCUCUCUCUCUCU